CGCGCACACACAGCAAAGCAAAGACCACCUCCCGAACUGUACGGCGGCGGCGGCGGCGGCGGCGGCGGCCGAGCGGCAGUGGCCGGCAUUGGUCGCCGGAAUUUCAAGUCAUUUUCAACAUGGAACCAAGUUUUGACAUGCUGGAAGAGCAGAUGCUGCCAAAUUCAACUAAUGUCUGGGUGGAGUGGUGUGGCAACGGUUUCACCGUGACCUUGCCAUCAAAUGCCAAUAUUGGGGCUUUGAAGCGGCGUGUCACCGAGGUCCAGGGACUGCCUAUCAAGAGACAGAAACAUACAGCGAGUGUCGUGACCAGACGUGCGAAUAAACCAGAUGACGUGACCAAUGUUGAGUUGCAUGAUGAUUAUCGUCUUGUUUCUUCAUUGACCAAGCCCCCCACGACUCAUCUUGUUGGAUUGAACGAGGUGGAUGAUGAGCUCUACAAGAGGCACUAUGAUGAAGUUAACAGGCAGUAUACUUGCACCAUGACUGGAAUUAAUAAGAAGAACUAUCUUACUGAUUAUGGCAACAUGAAGACCGAGACUGAUUGUGGUAAAAUGAAGACUGAGACUAAUUCUGAUAAAAUGAAGAUUGAGACUGAUUCUAGUAAUAUGAAGACUGAUACCGAUUCUAGUAACAUGAAGACUGAGUGGAUAAGAGUGAAUUACACUGUAGGCAGCAUGACCAUCGAUUGCCUUGUCAAAAAGUACGAAGCAAGUCAUAAAUCAGAAAUCCUUCUUUCGCUCCAAAAGAUGAAUACAUGGAGGCAUCCUAACGUGGUAGCUCUGGAGAACAUGUACGAGAGAGGUCCAAGUUGUUGUCUUCUGGUAUCCAGUUCGUUCGAUCAAACGUUUAAUGGAUGGCUCAAACAAAAUCAACCACUAAAUCAAGAUGGAACAUUUACCCCUAUUUUCAACAAGCUUAUGUUGGAGCUACUUGACGUCGUGGACAAGUUGGUUCAACGCAAGAUCUGGCCAAAAAGCCUCACAACACAAAGUCUGUAUGUGAAGAUGCUGAAUGAUGAACCUCAACUUAAAGUACUCAUUGACAACGGUAAUUUUCUUUGCACUCUCCACUACAAUUGAGCAUCUGUAACAUCUAUAUAAAAUUAUCGGUAGAAUUUUAUUUUGCAAGUAAGAGCACCUCGAAUAACAGAUGUAAAACAUAUUUAAAAUCCACCUAACUGCAAAAGAUCCUGAAAACAGCUCCAGCGGCAUUACUUGUCCCAUAUACCUAUCCCAUUUGCUAUCUCUAUAUUUAGGCCAUAGCCUAUUUUCUCUCCGCGGUCUAUUUUCUCCCUCCAUGUAUCCACCUCGCCAAAACCCCGCCUCUCUCCGGCCUCUCUCUUGACCCCACCUGCACCUCCCCACCAUUGCUAGUGCCACCACAACACCAUUCCAUCGUCUCUCUUUGGCACCUCCCCUAGCCGAUGCCAUGGUGAAUUUACUCAUGACGUGGUGACUUUCGAUAUACGACUACCAUUGUGAAGCCAACAACCGUCCCACCAAUGUCGCCUCUAAGGUUUCCAACUCGAGUUCCCGCCAAACUUCAUGCCACUGCCGCGGCCCUAGGAACUCGAUCUACUCCUCAAACUCCUACGGCGAUCCUGAGAGCUCAUGUGGCUGCGUCGAGCCCCCGGGCUGCCCUUCCGGGAGAUCCCGUGGCCACGGUAUACCCCGUCUUCCUCAAGCCCUCAUGGCCGCACCAAGUUCCCCACUUCCUCGAGCUCCGUGGCUGCGCCAAGCACUUGCAACCAACCUUGAGCUCUUAUUCGGCAUGUGGAGUGUUUGACAACAUGUCACACAUCGCCCGGUCCAGGUCCAAGUUCGAGGAUGGUGUUGAUUGGUCGCUUGUAGAGCAAAUAUACAAUGUCGCCAACGACAAAACUGAUGAGGAGGAGGCCGCAAACAUUGCCGCGGCCAUUGCCACCUCCGAGAGGGACUUCAUAGCAAGCCAGCACCAAGGUGUGUGCCGCCGCCUUGGCCUGGCAAGAGAAGGCAGAUGUUAACGCAUCCGUUGGCCAGUCCCAAGGGAAGGUUGAUCAUGAUUUCCUUCGGUGACAGACAUAGACUUCGACGACAAGUUGUCAUCCCAUCUAUCUUAAGUUAGCAUUGCUUAGUUUAUUGAGCAUUGAGGUUGAUUGAGUAUCUAAUUAAUUAUCCAUGUUAGUUAUGGCAUCUAUGUCAGUUACGAAGUAUCUUAGUUUAGCAUAGCUCGAUUUGUACCUAAACCUAAAACUUCAAAUAUUAUGUGUGGAAUUGUGGUGCUGUGUUCUAAUAUGUUUGAAUAUUUUUAUAUUGUGAAAUAUUCCAAUUGUUUUGAGUGGAGAAGCACAUACAAAGAGAUAUAG